CAACAAGGAAAUAAUCAUAUUAACACGAUGAAACCUGCAGGUAUCACAUUUCCUUAUAUACACUCUAUAUGCAAUAUGAAAUCUAAACAUCAGAUAACACUAAAACAUGAGUUUAUUUUAAUCAUCAAUGUCAUUAAUAAGUGUAUGAGCUGCAGGAACAUCAGUGAGUUUCACUUUCAUUUCAGUCACAGAAGCGUACGAGAAAGAAAUCUGACGAUGAAGAGAGACGUCAGGAGUCAGAGAAGAUGAUCAGCUGAAGACUGAAGAAAGAGCAGAGUAUCAACAUGUCAACCGCUGACACCAGAAUGAUUGUCGUCCACAAUCCUCCUCUCAGGAGAAGAUGGAGCAAACAAGAACCUCCUAUGAUGAGGAUUGUUGUUCUGGGUUCGAGCGUGUCAGAAAACUGUCUGGUGGGAAACUUCAUCUUAGGACGAGCAGCGUUUGACAGUGAAGCUCCUCCAGAUGUUGUAGAGAGAGUCGGAGGAAGACUGAAGGACAGACACUUGAUGCUCAUCAACAGUCCUCAGCUGCUCCAGAGGAACAUCUCAGAUCAUCAGAUCACACAGACAGUGAGAGAGUGUGUGCAUCUGUCUGCUCCAGGACCUCAUGUGAUCGUGCUGCUCCUCAAUCAUGAGCUGUGUUCACCAGAAGAUCAGGAGUGUGUGGAGAAGGUGCUGCGCUCUUUCUCUGAGCAGGUAUAUCAACACACCAUGGUGCUCAGCACACAAGAGCCCACAGAAACCAGUGACAUCCUACAGAACAUAAUUCAGAAAUGUGCAAACAGACACUUCAGUCUUCAGAGGAGCAGCUCUCCUGAGGAUCUGCUGCAGACGCUUGAACACAUUGAGAAGAUGAAUGACGGACGUUAUCUGCACUGUGCUGAAGCUGCACAGUGUUUCACAAUGGAGCAACAGAACACAGAGAGACAAGGUGUGAAGCUGAAUCUGGUUGUGUGCGGGAGCGACAGCACAUUAAAAUCCUCUGUAUCAGAUCUGAUCCUGCAGCAGACAGACAGAAUAUCAGAUGUGGAGCUUCAUAGACAUCUGAUCAGUGCAAUAGAGCUUCCUGCUCUGAUCCGGCUCUCAGAGGAGGAAGAGAUGUGUCAGACUCUCCGCUGUGUGUCUCUCUGUCAUCCUGGAGUUCAUGUGUUCCUCAUCAUUAUUCCUGACGCUCCUCUCAAUAAUGAAGACAAAGCAGAAAUGGAGGAGCUCGAGAGGAUCUUCAGCUCAAGAAUCAACAAACACAUCAUGAUCCUCAUAAUGCAGAGCUCAGAGCAUCAGACAGCAGAACUCAAUGAAGAAACACAGUCUGUCAUUGAGAGGUUUGGAGGACGACAUCAUUUCUUUGGUCCCAAAACACAAGUGUCCUCGUUGAUGGAGAACAUCGAGCAGAUGCUGGCAGAAAACAGAGGAGAGCAUUUCUCCACAGAGAUGUUUCUGGAGGCACAGAUGAAGAAACUGAUGAAAUAUGAAGAGAUGAAGAAGAAAACUGACUCACUAGAGAUGCAUUUACCAUCACAAGGUUCAUCAGAGAGUGAAGAUGAUCUGAGGAUUGUUCUGCUGGGAAAAACUGGAGUGGGGAAAAGUGCAACUGGAAACACAAUCUUAGGAAGAGAAGCGUUUACAGCAGAGACAUCUCAUGAGUCUGUGACUAAAGAGAGUCAGAGAGAAUCAUCUGAAAUCAACGGGCGACGUGUUUCUGUGAUCGACACUCCAGGACUGUUUGAUACUGAACUCAGUAACGAGGAGAUCCAGAGAGAAAUCAGACACUGCAUCUCCAUGAUCCUGCCUGGACCACAUGUGUUCAUCAUUGUGCUCAAUUUAGGACAACGAUUCACUCAAGAAGAGGCAACAGCUGUGAAGAUCAUCCAAGAGACGUUUGGUGAGAAAUCUUUAAUGUUCACCGUGGUGCUCUUCGCCAGAGGAGACGAUCUGAAGGACAAAACCAUUGAACAGUUUCUGGGAAAACCAGGAUCUCCUCUGAUGAAGCUGAUUGAAGCGUGUGGAAAUAGAUUCCAUGUGUUCAAUAAUAAUCAGACUGCAGACCGAACACAGGUGACUGAUCUACUGCAGAAGAUAGAUGACAUGGUGAAAGAAAAUGGAGGGAGUUUCUACUCAUGUAAGAUGUUCAGAGAGAUGGAGAGAGAAAAACAAGAACAACAGAUGAAGAUCCUGAUGGACAGAGUGAGAGAAAGAGAGGAAGAGAUGAAGAAACUAGAAGAAGAGAAAGAGAGAAUGAAGAUGAUGAUGGAGGAAGAACAACAGAAUCAGGACAAAGUGAGGAAGAGAAGAGAAGAGGAACUGAAAAGAGAAAUAAGAGAACAAGAGAAACAUCAGAGAGAGACACGAGACGAGAUGAGACGAGAACGAGAGACAUUUAGACAAGAGACAGAGGAAAUGAAGAAAGAAAAAGAGAAACUGCAGAUCAAAUAUGAGACAGAAAUAGACAAACUGAUGAACAGAAUUGAGAAUGAGAGAAAGAAAAGAGAAGAAGAAUACAUAGAAAGAGAAGAACGAUAUAAAACACUGACAAAAGACAAAGGGGAGAAAGAGAGAGAAAUCUGUAAGAUGAAGAGAGAACGAGAGGAACUGGAAAAACAGGAUUUAGAGGAAAAGACAAGCAGAGAAGAAGAGGACAAGAAAAAAAUAGAGAAAGACAAACAGAUUCAGAGACUGAAGAGUGAAAUGGAGGGAAUAAUCAGAGAGAAAGAGAGAAUAGUAAGAGAGAGACGAGAACAACUGGAGGAUUCAGAGAAUAGACUGAAAGAAGAAAUAAAGAUGAGAGAAGAUCAACAGAAGACUCUUGAAGAGAAACUGAGACUCCUUGAAAAACAGCAUGAAGAUGAACUGAAGAGAAGACGAGUGGAGUGGAGAGAGGAAUAUGAGAAAGAGAAAGAGGAGAUGAAGAAGAUGAAGAAGAUCAGCUCUGAAACUGAUCCUUCACUACUGGUCACAGUCUACAGGAAACUAGAGACUGAAUACAGCGAGUGGUCCUGGAGUCUUCGCAGUGCCAUGAUGGAAACUGAGAACAAACUAUACAACAAAAUAGAAAAUGAAGUGAUUCAUGAGGUUGAUGAAACUGAUCUUCACAGAGAACUAAAGAAGACAAGUGAAGAAGUGGAAAAAUCAAUGUCUGAAUUAUUUGAGAAAGACAGAGAUAAAGAUAUACUGAUUCAAUGGAAAACAUCAUUUGAAAUCAAAAUCAAAGAGCUUCAGGAAAACAUUGUGAGAGAAACAAAGAGGAGAUUAAAUGAGGUUCUUCAGCAGCGAGACAUGAAGAAAAAGAUUAAUGCUCAGAGGACACGUCAUGAAAACACUCUCUGUGAAAAGAGCAAAGAACUCACCUUUAAACUCAGAGACAAAGCAAAUGAUGAAGGAACACUGAAGAAAGAGUUUGAUUUGUUUUGGGAACAAAAUGUGAAUAUGAUUAUUAGAGACACUCCUCCAAUCAGAGACAUUGACGUAAUAAGAGAUGUGAAAUUGAUCCUCAGUGACGUCUAUGAAAGUCUUCCUGUAGAUCACUGGAGGGAGAGCAGGGAUAUUUUCACUGUGCAGAGUUAUUCAGGUUAUGUGAGGGUUAAGAGAUCCAGUGGAAUUACAAAACCUGGUAAUCAUAUGAUUAGAAUAAUUAAUGAGAUGUUGCGUUUCUUUCUAUCUAGAGAGGAUGAUGCUCUAAAUGACCAGGUGGAGCUGCUGUCGGUGGAGCUGCUGCUGGUGCAGCUCUUAGUGGAGCUGUUGGUGGAGCAGCUGUUUGUGGAGCGGUUGCUGGUGGAGCUGUUGGUGGAGCUGCUGUUGGUGGAGCUAUUAGAGGAACUGUUGGUGGAGCUGUUCUUGCUGGAGCAGCUGUUGGAGGAGCUGUUGUUAAGGAAGCAUUUCUUGGUAGACCUAUCCCCAAGCUGCCGACGAGUCAGGUAUAUUUUCUCCUGUCCCGAUAUGAGAGUUAUGGAGAGUUGCCUGGAGCAAUAUGGCGGCGACGUUGACGUGCCCAUGUCUAUGGUCAUCUACCUCUAG